UACAUUAACAUAGCACUCUCCCACGCUAUUUGUAGUUGGCAGCAACCUGAAUCUACCUCUUAAUGCAUCUCUUGACAGUUGACACUCAAAAUGGCUUCUCCAAACGCACCGUUUCCCUAACGCACGCCAUGGCGCACCCUCUCCCAUUUCUCCUCCUAUGUUUCUUCCCUCUUGUUCUCGCAGACACGGACCCUAACGACGUCAAGAUUCUUAACGGCUUCAGAAGAGGUUUAAAGAACCCAGAGCUCUUACCGUGGCCCCAAGAAGGAGGAGACCCCUGCGGUAACGGUAACGGUAAUGCUCCGUGGAAAUAUAUCUUCUGCAACGGCAACCGAGUCUCCCAGAUUCAGACCAAGAACCUGGGCCUGGUGGGCCCGCUCCCUCCCAACCUCAACGAGCUCACCAUGCUCGAGAAUUUGGGCCUCCAGAACAACAAGCUCAACGGGCCCUUACCUUCCCUCAACGGCUUAUCAAACUUAAGAUACGCGUUUCUCAACUUCAACGAGUUUGACUCCAUCCCCCAAGACUUCUUCCAUGGGCUUCAGAGUCUCGAGGUGUUGGCUUUGGAUUACAACCACCUCAAUGCCAGCUCCGGCGGCUGGCGCUUUCCUCCGACGUUGGAGUCCUCGGCGCAGCUGAGGAACUUGUCGUGCAUGAGUUGCAACCUUGUGGGCCCCAUUCCCGGGUUUCUCGGCGGCAUGGCGUCGCUCUCGGUGGUUCAGCUCUCCGGCAACAACUUAUCCGGCGAGAUUCCGGCAACGCUGAGCGCGGCGGAGGCGUUGCAGGUUCUGUGGCUGAACAACCAGCGCGGCGGAGGGCUCACCGGGAGAAUCGACGUGGUUGCGAGCAUGGUUUCGUUGACGAGCUUGUGGCUUCACGGAAACAAGUUUUCGGGGACUGUUCCGGUGAACAUUGGGGAUUUGGUUUCGCUCAAGGAUCUCGAUCUCAACGGGAACGAGCUCGUGGGGCUAAUCCCGCGUGGGUUGAGUGAAAUGAAGCUGGACCGGUUGGAUUUGAAUAAUAACCGUUUCAUGGGUCCGAUCCCUGAAUUUGAAGCGGGUAAAGUGAGUUUUGGGUCGAAUAGUUUUUGUUUGUCCAAGGUUGGGGUUAUGUGUGCUUUUGAAGUGAUGGCGCUGUUGGAGUUUCUUGCGGGGUUGGGUUAUCCUCAGGUUUUGGUUGAUUCGUGGAGUGGGAAUGACCCGUGUGAUGGGCCAUGGUUGGGGGUAAAGUGCAAUGGUGAUGGAAAAGUGGAAAUGAUUGUCUUGGAAAAGUUUAAUCUUAGUGGGAGUUUGAGUCCUUCUGUUGGGAAGUUGGAUUCUCUUGUUGAAAUAAGAUUGGGAGGUAAUGAUAUUAGUGGUGGGAUUCCGAGUAAUUGGACUAGUUUGAGAUCUUUGACAUUGUUGGAUCUGAGUGGGAAUAACAUUUCCCUUCCCUUGCCGAGUUUUAGGAAAGGGUUGAAACUUGUGAUUGAUGGGAAUCCUCUGUUAAGUGCCCCAGGUGUUGCUCUUUCUCCACCAGGGUCUGGUUCUGGUUCUGGUUCUGGUUCUAGAAAGGGUGAAGGUGAAUCUCCUUCAACUGAUAAGCAUAAUCCUAAUACAAAUGAAGACUCUAGUCCCUUUCACAAGUCCAGUGUUUCUCUUGGGUCAAAUAAUUCCAAAGGGAGAAACUUGGUUCCGAUUGUGGCUCCUAUUGUAGGUGUUGCUGCUGUAGCUUUUCUGAUUGUUCCUCUUUAUGUGUACUGUUUCAGGAGGAGAAAGGGUGUGUCGGAGGGUGCAGGGUCGUUAGUGAUUCACCCUAGAGAUGCUUCUGAUUCAGACAAUGUGCUGAAGAUUGUUGUUGCCAACAACGGCAAUGGAGGUGUUUCCACGGUAACUGGAACUGGUUCCGGGGGUUCGAAUGGAAGUGGGGAUGCUCGUGUCAUUGAGGCUGGGAACCUUGUGAUAUCGGUUCAAGUUCUUCGAAAAGUGACCAACAAUUUCGCGAGGGAGAAUGAGGUUGGACGUGGCGGGUUUGGGGUUGUUUACAAGGGAGAGUUGGAAGAUGGAACUAAGAUUGCAGUGAAGAGAAUGGAAUCUGGUGUGAUUAGCAGCAAAGCAUUGGAUGAAUUCCAAUCUGAGAUUGCAGUUCUGUCUAAAGUCCGGCACCGGCAUUUGGUGUCUCUUUUGGGCUAUUCAGUCGAAGGGAAUGAGAGGAUUCUAGUUUAUGAGUAUAUGCCACAAGGGGCUCUUAGUAUGCAUCUUUUCCAUUGGAAGAGUUUUCAGCUAGAGCCACUCUCUUGGAAGAGGAGGCUCAAUAUUGCCUUGGAUGUUGCUAGAGGAAUGGAGUAUCUUCAUAGUCUAGCUCACCAGAUCUUCAUUCACAGAGAUCUCAAGUCAUCAAAUAUUUUGCUUGGGGAUGACUUUAGAGCAAAAGUCUCAGAUUUUGGAUUGGUUAAACUUGCUCCUGAUGGCAAAAAAUCUGUAGUCACCAGGCUUGCUGGUACAUUUGGAUACUUGGCACCAGAAUAUGCAGUGACAGGAAAAGUCACUACCAAAGCAGAUGUUUUCAGUUUUGGCGUGGUGCUAAUGGAGUUGUUAACUGGAUUAAUGGCACUUGAUGAGGAUAGACCCGAGGAGAGCCAAUACCUGGCGUCGUGGUUCUGGCAUAUAAAAUCAGACAAGGAGAAACUAAUGGCUGCUAUUGAUCCAGCCCUUGACAUAAAGGAAGAAACGUUUGAUAGCGUCUCCAUAAUUGCUGAGUUAGCUGGACACUGCACUGCCAGAGAACCAAACCAAAGGCCAGAUAUGAGUCAUGCUGUAAAUGUUCUUGGACCACUUGUUGAAAAAUGGAAACCAUUAGAUGAUGAUACUGAGGAGUAUUCGGGCAUAGAUUAUAGUCUUCCCCUUAACCAAAUGGUGAAGGGCUGGCAGGAGACAGAAGGAAAGGACUUGAGCUAUGUGGACCUAGAAGACAGUAAGAGUAGUAUCCCUGCAAGGCCUAAUGGUUUUGCUGAGUCUUUUACUUCUGUUGAUGGCCGGUGAAAAACAAGUUGUUUAUGGAUUUCUUGAAUACGCCAUGUUUUCCAUUUUCUAGUUUUCAUUGGUGUGAUGCAUAUUGAAAUCACCCCACCCGUUUCCUAUCUCCUUCCCAAGAUUUUAAGUUGCGAUUGAAGUUGCAGUUUUGGGGUCUUCAGAACCUUGACGUGACGUUGCAGUAAAUUGUAGACAAAUAUGGUUGCAGCGUUUCGGAGACCACAAAAACAGUUUUGGGGUCUUCAGAACCUUGACAUUGCAGGAAAUUGCGGACAAAUAUGGUUGCAGAAAAAAGCCUUGAUAAUGCAGUUGCAAUUGCGGUUUUAGACCUUCAUUUAAAACCUUGCUCCUUCCAUGUCUCAACAAUUCAAGGUGACAUGGUUAAAAGAGUGAAACACUUUCUCCUGGUUGUUAAUUUUCUUUAUUCACGCGCCACUUUUUUAUUGGGGGAUAGAAAAUAGAGACAGGUGAUUUGGUACAGUGCAGACACCACAGCUUGGUACUUUCUCUCAGUUCUUUCGGUCUAUGGCAAGUGUUUAGUGUCAGUGGUGUAAUGGUGGUUUUAAGAAUUUUCAUGUGUAUGCUAUGCAUUUUCAACUUUGAUAUUUAAUGUAAGAGCCAAUGGUUGUAGAUAGUGAACCGUGAUCAAUGAGAAUGGUUGUUAUAUGUUCAAUCAUUAACGUUUCUGCGUUCUUUUUUCAUGUAAAAUGGUUUCAAGAGCAUUGUAUCAAAAAGACAAAAAGGGUUUUAGCACUACAAAUUGUCAAAGAUUCUAUUUCCAGAAUAUCUGGUAGCGUCCUAGUGCUUAUUUCUACGUGAAGAGCUGAAGGCUUUUGGAGCUAAACUGAAAUAACUGGAAAGCAGUUUUGAUAGAGUUCAAUUUUAACAUGUAAAAUUUUUACAUUUUCAAUCCUAAGAAGCCUUAUGAGGUCUUU